AUGGCAGCACCAGCUGCCAAAUUUAUUUUGUUUCCCAUAUUUUAUACCAAACCAAAAUUCAUAACGUUAGGCAAUGUUUCGAGCCAGAAAAUUACACGUGCACCUGGUAAAAUCCUCACCAAUAAUGCGCUUGACACUGUCCAGACGUCUCAAGUCCAACCUUCUGCAAGGAUCAUCACUCCUCCCUAUUGCAGCUGGCAACCAGCAGUCGCGACAGUUGCAACAAAGAGCAGCGGCCAUGUGCAGGAAGGGAACUCCCACUGGCCACGGAAAAUCUUCAGUGGCAUUCAGCCCACGGGCUCCGUCCAUCUGGGCAACUAUUUGGGGGCUAUCCGCAAGUGGACGCAGCUGCAGAACAGCCGGGAUGAUGUCACAGUUUGUAUAGUGGAUAUGCACUCCAUUACCAUGCCGCACAAUCCGCCCGUGCUCAGGGAGAACAUUUUUUCGAUGGCUGCCACACUAUUGGCGUGCGGCAUCGAUCCCGCCAAGAGCACUCUGUUUGUCCAGUCGGCUGUAUUGGAGCAUUGUGAGUUCAACUGGAUCCUCAGCUCGAUGACCACCACGCCCAGGCUGGCGCAGCUGCCACAGUUCAAGGAGAAGUCCCGCCUGCUUCGCGACAUACCCUUGGGGCUAUAUGUCUAUCCGGUUCUACAGGCAGCCGACAUAAUGCUGUACAAGGCCACACAUGUUCCCGUUGGAGCGGACCAGUUGCAGCACAUUCAACUGGCCCAGCACUUGGCGAGGACGUUCAAUGGGCGCUACGGCGAGUUGUUCCCUGUGUGCCAUGCCAUGAUCGAGGAGGGCGAUGCCUCCAGAGUGUUGUCAUUGCGGGACCCCUCCAAGAAAAUGUCAAAGUCUGAGGGGAAUCCCAAGUCCACGAUCAACUUGUGCGAUCCGCCGGAGCUAAUAAUGGAGAAGAUCAAGAAAGCCGUCACCGACUUCACCUCGGACAUCACCUACAAUCCCAUCUCGCGCCCCGGUGUCAGCAACCUAGUCAACAUACACGCCCAGGUCACAGGCCAGACAAUCAAAAGUGUCUUGGAUGAGGCCAAGACAUUGGACACAGCCAAGUACAAAGCGCGUGUGGGCGACGCUAUUAUUGCACAUCUGCGCCCGAUUCGUGAGCGAAUCCAAGAGCAGUUGUCCAACAAAAACGAGCUAAUCUAUAUGCUAGAGAUGGGAGCCGAGAAGGCGCGUACCCAGGCGCAGCAGACAAUGCGCAACGUCAAGCAACGCCUUGGCCUUGGCACAUAUGCGACAAUACCAGAGCCAGUUAUCGUGGCGCCCCUGCUGCCUGAGCGAUCCAAAAUGACGGCUAGUCAGCGCAUAGCCAAGAACGUCAACCUGCCGAAUCACAAUUCCCACAGUCACACGCAUUUGGAGAACCGUAAUGAGCGGAGUAAUUCGUUUGGGGGGGCAUCGCCAAACGGAAGCGCCGGAGAGGCAACAGCCACUGCAGACAUAAAGGCAAUGGCUCAGGCUCAGGCCAUGAUGAGGCCUCCCAUGCGCCGCCCUGUGGUGCCCACUCAAACGAUGCGGGUGGAGAAAGAGCGCAAGGCUUCGCCGCGCUACGUCUUCAAGAUGGACACACGCAAUACACCUGCCAUAGGCUUUAAAUUACCCUCCAGUGCUGCUGCUGUACCCGUUGGCGAGGGCAAGGGGCAACGUGCUAGCAACUUCGGAUUCACCAAACCCGGAAUUGCGGACGGAACAGACAAGUUCGGCCAAAACACGAAUACCAGUCCGGUCGCUAGUGUUAUGAAAAAAGUAAAUGCUGAUAGGAACCAAGACUGCCUGGUGAACAGUGCCUACUACAAAGCAUACCAUGGAUCAAAUUCUGGUAACGCCUCGCAUGUAACUAAAAACUGGAGCAGCGAGAGGGCAAUCAGCGAAAGGAGAAGCGUUGAGAAGAGCACCAGCAAUGAUGCCAGUAAUGAAUGGAGCCCCAGCGUGAGGAACAGCAGCGAAAAUAGCAAUGAAUGGAGCAGCAGCGAACAGGAUGGAGCUAGCAGUGCAUCAAGAACAACGGGGGACAACGAAGAUUCAGAAAUGUUGGAAGAGAUGGAAGAGGAAGAUGAUGUUCCCGAGCGGACUGCGUCUGAGGCUACCAGCAAGGCGGAAAUAGGAAACUAGAAUAUAUUGAAAUUGUUAUUAAAUAUAUAUAUGUAGUAUAUAUAUAGAUAGAUUUGUUGUCACUUUUAGAUAUAUAUAGGUAUAUCGAAACAUCGCUCCAUAAAAAUCAUCUUACCUCCAGUAAAAGGGUAUGCCUGAACCAUCCAGGGAUCCACCUGACUGAAGUACCAGAGCCAAGGUCAGAGAACUCGCCUUUAGACUGCUUCGCUCGUACUUUUACCUUUUCAAUGGGAUAUUGUUUUUAUUUAUUUUUAUUUUAAUUUAUUGCUUUCAGCGAACUUAUUGUACUCUUCAUAAUUUUUGGUUUCUUAUGCUAAGGUAUGAAUGAUGUUGACGGCGAGGACAUUGUGCAUGUGUGAAUACAGAGGAGGCAGGCAAAUAAUAUAUUUUUGUGUGGAUGUGUGAAA